GCCGAGUACAGUUGCGGAUGAUAGCUGACAGCCACUGUUGGAUGUCGAUUGAGGUCAUGUGGACUGUCCAUGGCCCUUAUUCCUGAUUUCAAACAUUAACACCCCCUCCCGUUAACGAUGGUGUAUAAUUUGCUUGUGGAUGGUUCACAGACUACAGUGACUCUCUCUGGAGACAAAAUAACUUUUGAAUCAAGUGGCAUCGUAGACCUCAGUUACCAGUUAGAUGACAUCAUAGGAUGUGAUGAGGUAGUGAUGGGAUGGUUUUACAAGACCGAAGUAACCCGAUUGUGGGUCAUCGAACAUGGUCAUUCAAACUUGCUGCUAAAAAAGUGCAAAAUAGUUUCUGGAGACCAAAGGAAACGAUUUCAACACGAUUUGACAGAAAAAAUAACAAAUAAAACAAAACGUCCCAAAAGAGUAUUGGUGAUGAUUAACCCUAAAGGUGGCAAUGGUACAGCAAAAAAGGAUUUCAGGGAUAUCGUAGAGCCAGUUUUGAGACUUUCAGGAAUAUCUAUGGAUAUAAUUUUUACUGAGCGGUCUGGGCAUAUGACUGAUGUUGCAAAAACUUAUGAAUUUUGUAAUACUGAUGGAAUAGUUAUACUUGGAGGAGAUGGGUCGUAUCAUGAGGUGGUCAACGAAUUAAUGAGAAGGAGACAAGAGGAACAAGGCAUGGAUAUUAAUGAUCAAAAUGCAACCCUUUCGGCGUUGAACAUUCCCAUAGCCAUGAUACCAACUGGAACUGCUUGUGGAGUGACAGAAUGUAACACUGGAAACACCAAUGUUCUAACGGCUGUUCUCCAUGUUAUUAAAGGGAGGACCGUGUCAUCUCACCUGCUAGCACUCUACAACAACAGAAAACUCCUGGGAUUUGGUGGAACAGACUGUGGUUAUGGAGUCAUGACAGAUCUCUUAUACUACUCUGACACGAAGUUCCGCUGGCUUGGUCGAUCACGAUACUUCUUUGUUCCAAUAUGGAUGUUUUUAUUCAAAUCUCAGACAAAUCGAAAUUUUGAUGCCACUGUCACCUAUUAUACAUCAGUCAAUGAACAAAAUAACAAAGAAACCAGUGAGACCGAGAUAUUUGUUGAAGACAAAAGGCUGUCAGGAUAUAGUUCUUAUACCUCUGAUACAGUGACCUUCAAUCGCAUGUUGUGGAACAUAAUGACCGUGAAUGGUAACUUCAUCUUUGAUGGUAAAGUUGUGUUUGAUGUACCCAGAGCGUUUGUCCCCAAACCCACCAUGUGCUCCUCCUUUCUUUUCUAUGGCGAUGUAUCAGCUGGAGUCAUGAACAAAUUCUUCAAACACAUCGGUAACAGGACUCCCAUGGAAUUCUCGGACAAGGAGUUGGAGGUUCUGAAUGUCCUGGGGCUCACAGUGGAACUAAGGGACAGUCUUCAUAGCAAGGAUCCAGAAAUGGCGACGUUGAAGCGUCUUAUACAUCUAGAUGGGGAGAUGUAUCAACUGGAAUCUCCUUCAUUUCAGUUAUGGUACAAAUUGGACGUUGUACAAAUCUUUUCCAGUUAUCUGUGAAAUAAACAUCCAUAGAGAGCUUUUUCACAUGCAGAACAAACUAGAGGUUUUAUUGCAUUUUGUGAUUGAUUGAUAACACACUGCUCACAAUGUGAUUGAUAACACAAUGCAAACAAAUUGAAUAAGAUACCGCAUAUUAUUUAUAGCAUCGUAAAAUGCUAAAAAUAAGAAAUUGAUUCUUAUUAAUUUAUCUCUUUGCCUCAAAGUUAACCGUAUAUAUAAAACUGGGUACAAAUAUUUAGACUGGAGAGGCUAGACCAAGUUCUUUUGAUAAGCAGGAAACUUUACUCGAUUCCUUUAAAGACAAGAGACUCAAGGCCCUGAACGGUCACCUAAGAAUGCAUGUAAUACCACACUGUAAAGGAUCCAUAGAAGUAUAAGAUAUGUUGCUCAAAAGCAAAAUGAAUAGGAUGAUCGGAGAUCAACAAAAAGUUCAAGUACUCAGUAACAAAUCAUAAAGUAAUAAUAAAAUAAUCUAUUUACUUGCCUGUAUUUGCCAGUGCUAGUUCACUUCCAUUUGUCUCUCUCACCAUGCAGGCUAAUCAACACAAAUGGUUAAUCCAUCACAUCCCCCCACACUAGCCUCUCUUUUUCUUUGAAAAUUUUAACCUGGUCACACGCUUGGAAGGUCAUACGCAGCAUAACAACCAACUGUUUUGCAUUUCCAGAGGUUAUAUCUAUGUAAGUUUUGUCAAUACUCAGUGAACAUCUGCCUGUUCAUUCAUCCAGAAAAUAUCAAUUAUACAGAACUCAAAGCAUGACUUGUAAUUGUAAAACCCUAAGCCGCAGCAUGUUUGUAUAAAUGGUCUAGGUAGGACCUGGUACGUAUUCUUGGGAAUGGCCUUGCUGAAAUAAAAUUAUUGAUCAAUCAUCCAGCAAAAUGUAUCUCACGUGUGAAUACUGAAUCAUUAGUAUUAUUGUAAGCAAACUUGUUGUCAUCAUCCAUGUAAUUUUAAGGACAUAUGUAUAUUAAAUAUAUGUAGUAUGUAUUUAAUUUUAGAUUUAAUCUGCUAAAAGAUUUAACUUGACUUAAUCACAUGUGUUGUUUGCAUCAUGCGAAUUACUUCUGAACAACUGCAACCUUACCACCAGUUAUCUUUUGCAGUUAGAAUAAAAAGCUU